AUGAAUAUGAUCUAACUGUUAUUCACUAAAUUUGCUGAUAUUUUAUUAACAUCAAGAGCAUACCCCUUCCUUUAAUACUAAUCCCAAAUCUAAAAUUAAACAAAAGAAAUUGGAAUUAUUUGGAAUAAAGAAAUAAACAUUAAUGUAUAACAAUUACUUAAAAAUAAUUGGAGAAGUUCUUAAACUAAUGAAAUGAUUGUUUAAUUUUUUCUAGAAAAAGAUGGAAAUUCUUUUUUAGUUGAAGAAUGGAGUCUUAUAUAAUCAUAAAGUAUCAUACUUAAUAUGCUUACUACCAAAAAGAACAAUUCCUUAAUCAAAUAAAUAACUAUUUGGUUACGAUCAGCUAUUGCUAUGAUGACUAUGACUACAAUAUUUUAAGAAGAAUUAAUUACAAAAUAAUAUAAAGUGACACAUAGUUUAUUAUUUUAUAAUAGAAAUACUAAAAAAAGAAGUGAUUGGAUAGAUGAUUCUAAAUUAUAAGUUAAAAAGAUUUCAACUAAAUUUCUAAGUCAACUCAACUUUUAAUUAACUAUAGCUUAAUAAGGAUAAUUAUAGAAUGUCUUAUAAAUUUAGAAAUAAAAAAUAAAUGAGUCUCCUUUAUUUAAAAGAUGUCGUUAUUUAUCAGAAUAAAUUGAUAUUAAAGAUCCACAAUUAAUUGAAAGAAAAAUGACAAUGGAUACUGAAUAUUAAGUUUAAUAAAGACAAGAAAAUCCUCCUAGGAUGUCACUUAAUAAUCUUUCUUUUGUUUCAAUAUAUUCAAAAAAAGAAGAAGUAGAACUAUUAUUUACACCUGAAGAAGCAGCAUAAAAAUUAAAAGAUAAGGCAUUUUUAGAAGAAGAUUAUGAAAUUAAUCUCAUGACUGGUGAUCCUAUGAAUAAUAAAUUAAAUUUAUCAAAUCAUGGAUAAUAAUUAGAAAAUAAAUCAUCAAUUUUAAACUUUCCUGUUUGUAUCUAAAAUGAAUUACUUAUUUCAUAGAUUAUGUUAUCUUAAAAACUUUCAAAUGAAGAAAAAAUUAAUUAAUCAAUUUUAUUAGAUACUUUAAAGAAUAUUCAGUAAGAAUCAAAAAAUAAAAGAAUUAGAUCAAUUUAAAUAAACAGAUUAUUAAGUUUUUAUAGAUAAAUUUGUUGA